CUACAGUCAACUACAUAUCCCACAGUCCUUUUCAUUAACCCGGAAAAAAUAGUACCACGUGCAAAAUGCGAAAAUCGCUAGCGGAACUAAAUCCUUCCGGAAUGACUGCGACUUCAUCACAAUGAAUCCGCUCACCAAAGUGAAACUCAUCAAUGAACUGAAUGAAAAAGAGGCUGAACUGGGUGUCAAAGACAGUGUGUCCUGGCAUUCAGUCUAUAAAGACAGCGCCUGGGUCUUCAUCGGUGGAUUUCCAUAUGAGCUGACAGAAGGAGACAUCAUCUGUGUUUUCUCUCAGUACGGAGAGAUUGCCAACAUCAACUUGGUGCGAGAUAAGAAGACGGGCAAAUCCAAAGGAUUCUGCUUCCUGUGUUAUGAAGAUCAAAGGAGCACCAUUCUGGCUGUGGAUAACUUUAAUGGAAUCAAGAUUAAGGGCCGAACCAUACGUGUGGACCAUGUUGCAAAUUAUCGACCACCAAAGGACACAGAUGACAUCGAUGAUAUCACUAAACGUUUGCGAGAGGAGGGAUGCGCUCCCAGUGUGCCCCCACCUUUCUUCUCUGAGUCCGAGUCUGAGGAAGAUUAUGCUGUACCUGUGAAAAAACAAAAAAAAGAUAAAAAGGAGAAAAAGAAAAAGAAGAAGGAGAAGAAAGAGAAGAAAAAGCUGCUAAAGGAAGAGAAACAUGAGGCACGGACUGAGACGUUAACGUCUUCCCCUGUCAGAGUGAAGAAAGAGAAGGAGGACACGGCAUAUGAGAAGUAUGCUGUGAAAGGAUUGGCAGGAAGCAGAAGGGAUAGACCAGGACAAGAUUCCAGGAAUCCACAAGACAGAGCAGAUGAGAUGGACCGAUUCAAAGAUUCAAAAGGCGAGCGAGACAGGGAUAGAGAAGAAGACAAAAAGACAGAUAGAAACAGAGAGGACAAAAGACACGAAGACACUCGACAGCGAGACAGGGAGGGGGACAGAGAAAGAGACAGAGGAAGAAGGGGUGAUAGAGAGAGAAAUGGGGAACGAGAGAGGGAACGAGACAGAGAGCGUGAGAAAGAAAGGGAACCUGAAAGAGACCGGGAACGAGAGAGAGAUAGAGACAGAAGGGAGCGAGACAGAGGUAAUGACCGAGGGUUUGUCAAACACAGAGAUCACAGUCGUGAAAGAGAACACAGGCGAAAUUGAGCAGACUCACUUUAACUUUUUUUAAUACAAAUUUUGUGAUUUGUUUGUUUGUUUUUUUGUGUGUACACCUCAAAAAUGUAAAUAAAUCUUUUGAAUUUUUUAUUAAA